AUGGAGUCCGAGGCUUUCGAAGAUAUGCAAAAGGGCGGCGGUGCCCUGCGCACCGUCAAGGACUUGGCCGCGGGCGCUGCUGGUGGCAUGGCUCAGGUUCUGCUGGGUCAACCCUUCGAUAUCGUCAAGGUCCGCCUGCAGACCACCACCCAGUACUCGAGCGCCGCCGAGUGCGCCAAGCAGAUUUUUAAGAAUGAGGGACCCGCGGCCUUCUACAAGGGUACUCUCACUCCUCUGAUCGGUAUUGGUGCCUGUGUGAGUGUUCAAUUCGGCGCAUUCCACGAGGCCCGUCGUCGCCUGGAGGAAUUGAACAAGAAGAAGUACGCAGAUGGUGCUCUAUCCUACACCCAGUAUUACAUGGCCGGUUCCUUCGCUGGUGUCACCAACUCCGUUCUCUCCGGUCCCAUCGAGCACGUGCGUAUCCGUCUGCAGGCCCAGCCCCACGGUGCUGGCCGUCUGUACGAUGGCCCCAUUGACUGCAUUCGCAAGCUGUCGGCGCACAACGGCGCUAUGCGUGGUUUGUACCGCGGUCAGGCUGUCACCAUUCUGCGUGAGGCUCAGGCUUACGGAUCGUGGUUUAUGGCCUUCGAGUAUAUGAUGAACCAGGAUGCCAAGCGCAACAACAUCAAGCGUGAGGAUAUCUCCGCCGUCAAGGUCGCCACCUAUGGUGGUCUGGCUGGUGAGGCCUUGUGGCUGUCCAGCUACCCCUUCGAUGUGAUCAAGAGUAAGAUGCAGACCGAUGGAUUCGGUGCCAACCAGAAAUUCAGCAGUAUGCGCGACUGCUUCGCCAAGACCUACGCUGUUGAGGGUCUGGGCGGCUUCUGGAAGGGUAUUGGCCCGACCUUGCUGAGGGCCAUGCCUGUUUCCGCAGGAACCUUUGUUGUUGUUGAGUUGGCUAUGAAGGCCUUGGGUUAG